AAUUGUUGCACCAAAAAUGUUAAAAUCGGUCAACCUUGCAGAAAUCGCAAUUUGGCGAUGAUGUUGCAUGACUUUGCAUGACUCACACUCCUUACGAUCAAAAAGGUCGCAACGAUUCCGUUGCAAACUCUCCAUUCUUCCCUCAUGUCAAGCACAAUGUCCGCUUCAAAGCACAUAUCACGGACCUUCGGGGGACGUCUUUGGAUACGCCCAACAACUUCAAAACCUGCUCCACUUGCCCUCUGCUUCCCCAUUCGGCACGCAUGUGCGUCAACUAACGCUCGCAUUGCAAAUGCUUCACCUUUACCAACUCAUUCAAGACCAACGCCUAUUUCGGGCAGAAACGGCAACAGCGGGGUUGAACAUGUGUCGGAAACACUUCUGGACGAGCGGUUGUACCAUAGAAUUGCGGACGACACUAUGGAUAACCUCGUAGAGGUUUUGGAGGAGCUAGGAGAGGAGGUGGACAUUGACGGAUAUGAUGUCGUGUUUGCGAGCGGUGUUUUGACCUUGUCCCUUGGAUCCUCGGGGACCUAUGUCAUCAACAAACAACCUCCAAAUAAACAAAUCUGGCUGUCGUCUCCAGUGAGUGGCCCAAAACGGUUCGAUUGGUCCGCCUCGACAGAACAGUGGCAGUGUUUGCGGACAAAUGAAGUCCUUGAGGAUAUGCUGUCUCGUGAAUUAUCAUCACUACUCAAACUUAAAGUAGAUAUAUCGCCAUCCCUGUAGAUAUUUGCAUCAAUACAUUUUUGCUGCGCUCGCAAUCACUUCAUCGAGGUCAUGAUCAAGAUCCAGAUCUGUGAAUUUGGUUGCUGACGCGGUAAAGCUCAUGUAACAGUUUUAGACAACAAUCACCGUUGUUCUCCAUCACCAGCAAGACUAUCUAUAUCACUAGUCCCAUUGUCCCCCCGCGUUGGCGCGUCGGCUCGUCUUAUUUCUGGAGAUUGACUCGCUUGUAUCGACACGCUUUCAUCAAUACCCAAAUCUUCUUUAACCACUGCUUUUCUCUUAUGUCGAUCGUCAUCGGUUAGUGGUCGUCUUGUCAAGGUCAAGCGUGUCGGUCGCUCCCAUUCUUCCUCCUCCUCGUUGAUACCCUGACGGAAACCGAAUAAAUUGAGUACCAGACGGGGAUUUACGCGUCCCUCCAUUCGCUUAUAAAAGACGCCUCGAUUAUCGUUAUCGAACCUUAAUACCAACUGUCGAAGGUGCUCGGUUCUUGCAUCAUAAUGGUAAUCUCGAACAUGACGGAAGUCGAAUUCCUGAAAACCAGCACGCGAAUUAGUAAGGAAAUUGUUCUAAAUCUUACGAAAUGAACGGAAGUACCUCCUCGCCCUCCUCGUCCGACCCAAACUCUUCUUCUCUGUUCCGUUUCGCCCGGAUCUUUAUUAUAGACUCUUCUGUAGGUGUGUAGUAUCCCAAUACUGUUUCUUGGGUCUCCGGGUUCUGAAGAGGCUUCAGGACCGCUUCUUCCAAGGCUAAUGCUUUAUCAGAACCUGGCUCAAUCUACCAAUGGAAAGGCAUUGAGUCAGAAACCUGGAAUAAAUAUAGUGAACAUACGUGCUGACCUUCUUUCUCGUUGUCGCUGAUUUUUCCAGUGGAUCACAAUCAAAUACAGAUAAAGUCACACGAUCGGGCCACGCCCCGCUGAAGUCAGGGAAAAUAGGAAAGAUCUCAACCGCUUUCACAUCCUUCCCAUCAGGAUGUUUGAGAUUAUCGAUCGAAAAUUUCUUAACCGCUUCAAAAGUAUUCUCAAUCGUCUUGAGCUUAUCUUCUUCCGUGUGAUGUAUGUGUUUUGCGAGCUUUUCGUCCCGCAUGAUAGACACGCCCAUUCUAUGUUACGAAGGAGUAAAUAAAUGGUCGUCCUUACUGAGGCACCAGUUCAGUCUACCCGCUACUCACUGUCUCUCAAUACCCAUUUGCACUCGUCCGUACGUUUUGGCUUCUCCGGCCAUAUUGACAUUCGUUCUUCUCAAAAACAGGGGUGAAUUCGC